AUUAGCAGAACGGACAACUUUGAGGAGGGCUAUGGUUCUCUGACUAAAGGAAGUUAUGCACGCCUCCUUCACGCUUUUAGGCACAGAGAACAAGAGGUAAUGAGAGUCGCCAUGGGAAAGGUAUAUCUACGAGAUUAUGAAUACGAUGUCAGAGCCCCUGUGUUGGGUCGCAUGAAGAACUUGAUGCCAUUUUUGGGCCUGGAUGCAAUUGGGGCCCGACGAUCUGGACGACGAUGACCAUUAUUAUGUGAAGCCCGACGAUAUGGACCCCGAUGACCUGUUUUAUGUUGAGCCUGACAACGACCCACGAGGAACCACUCAUGGUACAGCAGCUCCUCCUGGCGAUAGCACAGCGGCUCCUCCAGCCGGUGACAUAGCGGCUCCUGCAGCUGUUAUCACCACAGUUCCUGCGAGUACUAUCCCGCCAACUGGCCCCAAAGUCAGUGUCACAUCAACGACUUCUAGUCUGAAUCCCUCCGCGGACUUGUUUACGAAACCCUCCUGAUCUUGUGCAAUCGCCACCCGAUGACUGUCAGCAAUAUCCCGAGAUGUGGUCUAGAGGCCAAGACCAUCAAAAGAGGGAGGAAGACGCGAAUUGCGGAACACGUUGAUGAACAUGCCGGGACUAUGCAAUGAUCAAAGUUCCGGCGAUCACAAUACACACUAUGCUGUGCUUCUUGCCUUGAACCACGGGGGAUUGACAGGGCCUGCUACCUGAUCAUCCUGAUGAUGGAGGAAAAG